GCUUUUUCUCUGACAUGUAAUGCACUCUAAAAAAAUUUGCAUGCCAAGCUAGUGUAUCAUCAUCGUCUGAUAACUUGGUGUCUUAUCGUUUUAGUUUUCAAACUUUGAGUGAUCAGAUUUUACCUGCGACGCCUAAUGUUCGAAGUCUGCUUGGCUUUCAGCUUGUAUCAGUGUCCCUUCCUAAGCUCAUAUUCCUGAGAGUUCUUUGCAUUGAAGAUUCAACACUAAAAGAUUUCUCCAGCGUAAUUGGUCGGUGCAUUCACCUAAAAUUGCUUAGGUUGACAGAUUGUGGAAGUGUGACGCUCCCUUCUUCAAUUGGCAAACUCAUUUACUUGCAGACUAUAGAUCUCAAACGCACAGAAUUUGAGUCAGUAUUGCCAAACUCGCUCUGGGACAUCCCUACUCUAAGGCAUGUUUACCUUUUAUGUAGCAGAAAUUUUUCUCCACCACCACCUACAAGGAGUGUGCGACUGCAGCAGAAAGAGCUACAGAGCUUUGUGUUGCAUCUUGAACCUGUUGGCAUUGGUUUCCGCUGUCAUGACAUGAUGAUUUUCUUGGGCCAGCUGAAUCAACUAACAACCUUCUCCUUGUCGAUGCUCCCCAAUAUACCAGUGGAGGUGCUCAACAUAUUUGCAAACAUGCCUCACCUGGUUGAUAUUACUCUUGACCAAUUCGGUGUGCUGGAUAAGCUGCCUGCUGAGUUCCCCCAAAGCGUACGUCGUCUUGUUCUACAUGCUAUUGUCAUAAAACAAGACCCGAUGCCGAUCCUGGAGAAAAUCCCCUGUCUUGUGGUUUUGGAGUUGAGGGGGUACAAAGGCCAGACCAUGUGCUGCUCUGCCCAAGGGUUUCCUCGGCUGCAAGAGUUAGAACUUGGUAAUUUUUCCACCGAGGUGUGGAGGAUGGAGGAAGGGGCAAUGCCAAAGCUCUCCCACCUGGAACUUUUGCAGUGCAAGAAGAUGAGCAAGCUCCCGGAAGGAUUACUGCACCUUCCAUCCCUCGGUCACCUGAAGCUGAGCUAUAUGGACCAGAUUUCUGAAGAUGACAUCACACUAAAGGAGCUGCGGCGGAAAGGAUGCGAGAUCUGUGGGACGCCAGGAAUUCAUCUUCAUUCUCGUCUAAAAUCUGGCGCCCACCUCACUCCCCACACUCCAAUCCUCAGUUGUCCCCUUCCGAUUCAUUCUCGAACCCAUCUCCGUCCUCGCAAUCCUCAUGAUACCCCACUUUCCUUCUCCUCCCUCCCUUGAAGGACGCCAUAGGCGAUUGACAUGACAGCCUCUCUCCUCCAAUGGCCCCUCGCUCCUCCUGCUUCUCCAUCUAGAAUCUAGAUAAUGAUGCCGUCGGAGAGGCCGCUGCUCGCUCCACCACACAUCAGGAGACGGUCAUCAAUCGAAAAAUUUGUAUAUGUAAUGAUCAAUUUGUACUAUUUUAUAACAAACAAAAAGACUGUUCUGUUAGCGGACUCAUGAUGUCAUCCGUAAACUCUUGGUAUAUAUUUUUC